AUGCGCAUCCCGCGCGAUUUAAUCCCGGAGAUUACUCCGCUGCACAUCCUGCCAGCCAACAAUAGCGUGCUAUCCGAGACUCGCAGGAGCGACAGCGAGAACCCUGAGACCAUCAUAGAAGACAAGGAUGCCAGGUCCAAGGGCGAGUCCAGAGACUGCAGGGCAGAGAGCCACAAUCGUGCAGGAGGACAGGUGAAUUUUAUCGACGCAGGCGAGAAAUUGACCUUCCAGGCAGUGUUGGGUGCCUCUGUCCAAAGCGAGGUCAAGGACCAAGGUAAAGAACAGGUCAUGGCGGCUGCCACGGCGUCGAACAGCCAAGUCACCAUUGCCGAGCUCGAUCCCGAGGAGAGCAGUCCCGGCCUAGACCCCGCACGUUAG